GGCAGCGGGACAAUAUUUGGGAGGUUGGUUUCACUUUAACAGAUAGCACAGACGUCACACGAAACCCAUCCUCUGGGCGUAUCGAGUUUGGAGUUCCCAUCUGAGCGAAAUGGCCUGAACGAAGGUGUGGUUGUAGGUCGGAGUAUUUGCAUGCGUCUUAAAAUAUAUUACUUACGGUGUAUCGUUCAUCUGUAUCAUGCAUGCAUAGGAAAACGACGAAAUAAACUGUAUUGUAGGAAAUGCAGGAAGCGUUCGAUUUACGACUGGGAGACACAACUGCCACCGUCGAACCUGCGUAGUCAUAGUUGAAAGAAUAGGAAUACGGACCGGUGACUUUGUCAGAGAUGGCCGCAGACGACAAAGUGGUCAUCCUUUCGGAUGAUGAAGAAAAUCAAAAGAGGAAGUACGUCCUGGACGAACCCUUUAACACUCUUUCCCUGGAGCUUCAGACUGACCGAGAGCCAGCCUCCACUCCAGUGUCUGCUGCAGCAUCAGACACACAGUCUGCUCCAGAGACACCCAUGGCCUUACCACCGAAAGACCUAGGCUGCUUUGAGAGGAUGUCCCUAAGAGUCAACUCCCAGCUCCUCAUCUCCAAGAUCUUCUACUUCUUCUUCUAUGCAGCAUACGGAUCCCUGCACCCACUCCUAGCCGUCUACUACAAACAGCUAGGGAUGUCACCAAGCCGUAGUGGACUGUUGGUUGGGAUCCGGUACUUUAUAGAGUUCUGCAGUGCGCCAUUCUGGGGAGUGGUGGCCGAUCGUUUUAAGAAAGGGAAGCCAUUGUUGCUGUUCUCUGUGCUGUGUUGGUUGGUGUUCAACUGUGGCAUCGGCUUUGUCAAACCAGCUGACAUGAUCUGUAAGGAGAAGGUGGACAUCCCCACUGUGGCCCCACCAAUACUGCCCUUGACUACUAUGACACCAAUUAAUGGCUCGCUACCAGACGCAUCCACCAAUCAUACGAGAAGUCGCCGGGAUUUGUUUCAAAGUUACUUUCCUAGCUUCCCUUUUGUUUUGAAUGGCCUUGAUUCUGGCUAUAGCGUACGCCGCAGGCAUAGGAGAGGUGCUGAUAGCAAUACCACUCAAUCCACUGGGGUGCCUUACGAGCAGAACAAUGCUACGACAACAGCCACUCGCACCCCCACCGGCGCCCAACCCAGAGUGGUGCCUAAUGAGCAAGCCAAUACCACUCAGCUUUUACCGAAUACCACAAAUAUGCCACUGACCACUAAAACCCCCACCCAUACACCUACCCAUGCCCCCACCACCACCAAUUCCACAUUGAUGCCUCACGAGCAGGGCAAUACCACUCAAGUGACUCCAAAUACUACAACAACCCCUAUGGCAACCACUACCACCACCACCCCUGCCCCCACCCAACCUAAAGAGUACAUCAUUGAGUACAACGAAGAUCAGGUCGAGAGCAUUUUUCUCCUGAUCCUCUUGGUCAUCAUCGUGGGGGAGUUUUUCAGCGCGCCGGCGGUCACCAUUGUGGACACCGUGACGUUACAGUACCUGGGGAAGCACCGGGACCGUUACGGCCUGCAGAGAAUGUGGGGGUCCCUUGGCUGGGGCGUGACCAUGCUGCUAGUGGGUAUCUGGAUAGACCACACCCACAUUACGCUGCUCAUUGACGGCGUGGUCGGCUGUAUCCUGCCCGAGUACAAGAACUACCAGGUGGCCUUCAUAGUGUUUGGAGUGAUGAUGGGUCUGGCCCUGGUGGUAGCAACACAAUUCUACUUCGACAGUGGGGACUACAGACAGGAGUUGCCUCAGAGGGCCCAGGAGGUAGAGAUACCACAGGUAGAUGGGAACGUGGCAUCUCCAGAGGAGAGCUCCACCUCGGACCAGACCCCCAUCACCCCAGGGUCCACCACCACCGAACAGCCUUUCUAUUACAGUGACCUCCUCAGGCUGCUGUGUAGUGUUCAGUACAGCACGGUGCUGUUCGUCGCCUGGUUCAUGGGCUUCGGUUACGGCUUUGUGUUCACCUUCCUGUAUUGGCAUCUAGAGGACCUGAAGGGGACCACCACGCUGUUUGGUGUGUGUUCGGUUCUGAGUCAUGUGUCGGAGCUGGCUGCUUACUUCACCAGUCAUAAGUUUAUCGAGCUGGUGGGACACAUCAGGGUCUUGUACAUUGGCUUGGCAUGUAACACAGCACGCUACCUGUACAUUUCUUACUUGGAGAAUGCAUGGAUAGUUCUGCCUAUGGAGGUCUUACAAGGUGUGACCCAUGCGUCGGUUUGGGCAGCCUGUAUCUCCUACCUGAGUGCCGCGGUGCCCCCAGCUCUGAGGACCUCUGCCCAGGGUAUCCUCCAGGGUCUACACCUGGGGCUGGGACGGGGCUGUGGGGCCAUGGUGGGGGGCGUCUUCGUCAACUAUUUUGGAGCUGCAGAGACGUUCAGAGGGAUUGGAAUGGCUUCCCUGGUUAUACUCCUCAUCUUCUCCUUCAUUCAAUGUCUGACUGGACAGAACGAGGAAAAGGAGGACAGGAUGCUAGCAGAGAACAUUCCGGUUCCAUCCAGUCCAGUUCCCAUCGCUACCAUAGACUUGAUGCAGAGCCAGGUUGGUGUGAUUGUGCCCCGCCCUGACCCUAGACCCCCGGCUAAGAAGACCAAGCACCAGGAGGAGCAGGAGGAUGUUAACAGACCGGCCUGGGUGCUGAGUGGAUCCCCCUGGGUCACAAUAGCCUUCGCUGUCUGCCAGAUCAGAGAGAUGUACUGCAUGGCCAAGAGUAGUCUACCCUCGGAGACACAGCCACUGCAGGAGCAAAAUGAUCAGACCUCUUCUGAAUACCAGGCAGUGGAGACUGAACACAGCACAGAGCAACAGGAGUCGCCACACCACCAUAACGGUUCCCCAAGCAGUGUAUCUAGCAAGGCCAACCCCGCAGAGCACCCCGAAUCCCAGCCCUCUCCCCUACCAGACCAGGGGAACUCUGUGGCGCACCCUGCCUUUUUACCUGGUAAUUUUGAGGCUUCACAUCAACUGUCUAGUACAAACCCUUUCCGGCAGUAGAUUAAAGGCUUGAGUUGAGUUUAGAGACGGAGCAGGUACUUACAUUGUCGCGGGUCUCCUUUUGGUUCCUGCGACAUGUACAGCAGGGAAGAGGUACUCCACAUCGAUGACUGUGCUCUUAAAAAAAGUACAGAAUGAUUGCUUUCUGUGCGGGUGUCAUCUGACAUGGUGUAAAUAGUAUUUGAUCUCGAAAGGGUCCAAAGGGAUUGUUGCCUUCUAGAAUGCAAUGUAUUUAUUUCCUCUGUGUCUUCCUGCACGAGCUUCUGACAAUCAUGUUAUUAUUUUGACUCUUGGGAUGAAAUUAUAUGUGUAUAUACAAUAAAAAAUGUAUUUUGUAGAUAAAUCA